GUAGUUCUAGUUGUACAGCUCGUAGUUCGGAUCACCGAAGUUAUGAUUAAUUUGUGAUAAAAGAAGAUCAGUUGAUCAUCAACGUGUUUGCCACCUAUAAGACCGAAUGUCCGAGCAAAUCUUUUAAAAAUGGUUCCCACUGAAGACAGAGAGACGCCAGUAAACCUCACUGUUGACUGCGGUACGAGGUACGUUGAUGAAGGAAAGUCACUGGAGUGUGACUGCAACGCAGGUUUUAUUGGUGCUGAUCAUAUUACGUGGCCUGGGAGGUCCAACAGCAGUCGACUGAAAAUACUGAACAUCACUCGUGCUGACAAUGGAACAGUCUUUACCUGUCUCAUGGCCUCGGACAAACAAAGCAGGACAGCAAACUUCACAUUGCAAGUGGCUUAUGGCCCAGACGAUCACCAUACAUCGAUACACGGUCCUGAUCCGUUCAUUACUGACGGAACGAAAUCUCUUAGACUGACCUGCGAGGCAACUGAAGUCAAUCCUGUUCCCAUGUAUACCUGGGACGGUGUGACCUGCACCAACAACGACACGAUGCAGGGACUUUGUGUCAUGAAGCCACAGCCGCCUUGGGAUGAUGGGAAGGAAGUAGAAUGUACAGCGAGAAGUCAUGGCAACAUCGGAAAGAAAACAUGCAAGUUGAAUUUAGCAUAUCCACCAGUCAAACCUCCAGAGAUACUCGGGUACAGAGUUGGAGAGAUGCUGUCAAAUGGAGACAACCUUCACUGCCGUGUGUCGGGAGGAAAGCCUCUGGUAAAGAAAGUAAAUUUCUCGUGUUUCUCUGACCCGCCACAUGAAGAUCAACAGGACACAUUUCAUGGUUCCUUUGUGCAAAGUUCUGUGACCAUAGGUGCUGUGGAUGCCGGAAAUUAUAGCAUGGUGUGUGUCUGUGGCGCCCUCUGGGAUCCGAGUGAAGAGCUCUACACACAAACUUCUAAUAUUACGGUCUUCGUGGACAGCAACAAUAAAGGAAAACUUUCUGGAGCAUUUCGAAUCGGUAUCACUGUCGCACUACUCGCUGUUCUCUUUGCCAUUAUCUUCGUGAGCAUCGCCGCUGCAGCUCAAGUGAAAUGGAAGGAAAGAAAGAAAGGAUUGGCCUCGACGACGGAGUCAUGCCAACAGAGUGGCAUCUCUUUCCAAACCCCUAAUACUUCAAGUCCAGAUUAUGAAGAAGUUGAUGAAAUAGAAGUUCAGUUCAAACGCAAAACUGAGAAUAUCGAGGAAAGUACUUCUAAAAUGCUUCAAGGAGAAAGUGAAAUGAAAAAAGAUUCUUUCAAGAAGACAUUAACAGUUCUCAAGAAAGGUGGGAUGUUCGAAUCAUGUGACAUUUUCCCCUCGUCUCAAACUAGUAUUGACUCAGAAGAAAGAAUGGAUGAGAACUUAACACAAUCAGGAAUUAGGCAAGGAAGAGAAAUGCAGCUUUCGGCCGAAGUUGAUAAUUACCUGUACACUGAAGUCGUCAGACCUGAGGAAGACGAUUCAUCUCAUCGUCUAAACAUUUUAACAACAACGAUAGCUGUGGAAAACACCUGCUUGUCAACAAGGGCAUGUGUUCACAGAACAGCCGACGAUUAUGACAAUGUCAUUCCUCUACAAUCUUCAGUCGGCUCAUCAUCAGCAGACAAAAAUGCGACAUGGAAUGAAGAAUGGAAUUUAUAUGAUAAACUCAAACGACCGUAAUACACUGGCGUAAGGAAUCAGUACUAUUCACUAUUGCUACUGCCUUCAAAAGACUAAUUUUAAUUUUGUUUAACAAAACAUUAUUCAUCGGUUAAUAAAAACAAAACAGCAGCAAGUUUUGCCCCCUCCCCCUCCUGAUGAUAGAACCGGACCUGCACAUGUGUGUGUUGAUAACUCUUCUUGGUCCUUUUUUUAAAAUGAGGUAUGUUUUGUGGCAGUUUAAGAUACAUUUCUUACCACAUUUUUGACUUCUCCCCUGGCAGUCAGAAUCAAUGCAAACAUUUCAACAGUUUGUGACUGUUCCAAACUACCUACACACUUUGCUGUUGUUAAUUCCUAAAUAAAAAAUCAGAAGACAAAUAAUAAAUGUUUUAAAGCACUUUUAUCUUUCUGUUUUGAAUGUAGAAAAUAUUAGAAAGCUACAGGAACUUUUUUUCGUAGUUUAUGUAUUUCUUCUAGUUUCAUACCCGUGACGGAUAACGGAGAACUGUGUUCGUUCUGUUUUCAUUGGAGAAAACUACUUUUUUUUCCAUUUCACGCCUUCAUUUCGUUCUUUCCUGUCGUCUUUGUUGGUAUCUUCAAUUUCUCCCUAUCAUGAUUAUUUUUUAUUUUUGUUAUAAUUUUUGUUAUUUGUAAAGUGUUUUGAGCUUUCUCAUAAGGCUGUUAUAUGGUACUAUAUAAAUGAAAAUAAUAAUAAUAAUAAUAAUAAUAAUAAUAAAUAAUAAUAAUAAUAAUAAUAAAAAAUCCGGUAAGACAUUGAAGAUAGAAUAAAAAACUGAAUAUCCAAAUGGUUUGAGCCCUGCCAUAAGAUCCAGUAAAAUUAGACAAUUGGAUACCCAUGAGUCGCAGCUGUCGGAAAUGGUUAUUAACUCCAAAAAAGAUUGUGAAUGGUAAGACAGAGAGAGAGGAGAGAUGGGCACCCCUCGAGCAUAAUGUGAUAGCCCCAGCGACCUGAAAAGGUUAUAGAAUGACUUUUAUCUUUUACAACAAUCAGUUUGUCAAGAGAAACAAAAUUAAGCUU